CAGCGAGGCGUGUGGAUCCAAUGAGAUCACGCCGCGUCCAGGGGCCCGGUGGCUGUAACGAGCCGGUGACUGUUGUAGCACUGAUCUCAAGACAACGCUGUGCAGCGUGACUAUAAAUCACCGCCGCCUCAUGGGUUUCACUCAAUCGGCAUUAAUUUGACAUUUACCAGGGAGCAGUAUUUAAAUUCGAGCAGUGCACGGAGAGCUUUUCUUAUUGUCCACGCUGUCAGAUCAGCUUCACCUGCACCAGUCAUUCAGUUCCGAUAGAAAAACUUCUACUACUCAAGGUUACAAUGAGGGAAAAGCUGCCGUUAUCUGUGUUGUUCUGCCUCGCCCUAGCACUCCUUCCUUCUCCAACAGCUUCAGUUGCUGUGAUGUCGGUGGACCUGGGAAGCGAAUGGAUGAAAGUCGCUAUUGUUAAGCCUGGUGUGCCGAUGGAAAUCGCUCUGAACAAGGAGUCCAGAAGGAAAACUCCAGUGGCUGUAUGCUUAAAAGAAAAUGAAAGACUUUUUGGGGACAGCGCUAUGGGAGUAUCUGUGAAGAAUCCCAAAGUGGUGUACAGGUAUCUCCAGAGCCUUUUGGGAAAGACUGCUGAUAACCUACAGGUUGCGCAGUAUCAGAAACAAUUUCCUGAACACCUGGUACUCCGAGAUGAAAAGAGGGGAACAGUGUAUUUCAAAUACUCUGAGGAGAUGCAGUAUACUCCAGAAGAGCUCUUGGGCAUGGUACUGAACUACUCUCGUGGCCUGGCUGAGGACUUCGCAGAACAAACUAUUAAAGAUGCAGUCAUCACCGUGCCGGCCUUUUUUAACCAGGCAGAACGUAGGGCAGUCCUGCAGGCUGCUCAGAUUGCAGGUUUGAAGGUCCUUCAGCUCAUCAAUGAUAAUACAGCUGUGGCAUUGAACUAUGGACUCUUCAGGAGGAAAGACAUCAACUCAACUGCCCAGAAUGUGAUGUUUUAUGACAUGGGCUCAGGCAGUACAACAGCCACUAUAGUCACUUACCAGACAGUAAAGACCAAAGAGGCAGGCACACAGCCUCAGCUGCAGAUCCGUGGAGUUGGCUUUGAUAGGACUCUUGGGGGUUUUGAAAUGGAGCUGAGACUGAGGGACCACCUAGCCAAAAUUUUCAACGAGCAAAAGAAAUCAAAGAAAGACGUAACUGAGAACUCGCGCGCCAUGGCCAAGCUGCUGAAGGAGGCGCAAAGACUCAAGACAGUACUGAGUGCAAAUGCUGAACAUGUAGCCCAGAUUGAGGGGCUGAUGGAUGAUAUCGACUUCAAGGCCAAGGUGACCCGUGCUGAGUUCGAGGCUCUGUGCGCUGAUCUCUUUGACCGAGUGCCAGUACCAGUGCAGCAGGCGCUUGCUGCUUCUGAGAUGUCUUUGGAUGAGAUUGAACAAGUCAUUCUGGUUGGAGGAGCCACACGAGUUCCCAGAGUGCAGGAUGUGCUUCUCAAAGCAACAAAUAAAGAAGAGCUGGCAAAGAACAUAAAUGCUGAUGAGGCAGCAGCUAUGGGUGCAGUGUACCAGGCUGCAGCUCUGAGUAAAGCAUUUAAAGUCAAACCUUUUCUGGUCCGAGACGCAGCCGUCUUUCCGAUACAGGUGGAAUUUAGCCGUGAGACUGAUGAAGAUGAAGGUGCGAAGGGAAUCAAGCACAACAAGCGCAUUUUGUUUCAGAGGAUGGCGCCAUAUCCCCAGCGCAAAGUCAUCACCUUCAACCGUUACACCGAUGACUUCAUUUUCAACAUUAACUACGGAGACCUCAGCUUCCUCAGCCAAGAGGAUCAGAAGAUGUUUGGCUCUGUGAACCUGACCACAGUGAAGCUGUCUGGGGUGGGUGACAGCUUUAAGAAGCACUCUGAUGCUGAGUCCAAAGGCAUCAAGGCCCAUUUCAACAUGGAUGAGAGUGGUUUGCUCAUUUUAGACAGGGUGGAGUCAGUGUUCGAGACUGUUGUAGAGGAGAAAGAGGAAGAAUCAACUCUCACUAAAUUGGGGAACACUAUUUCCAGCCUGUUUGGAGGUGGGAGCACAGAGCCCACUGCUAAUGUGACAGAAGCAGUACAGGAUGAAGAGGAGGUUCCUCCUGAAGCUGGAAAAGAGCAGGAAGAGGUGGUGCAGAAGACUGAUGAGGCUGCCCAAGAGCAAUCUAAGACUGAGGAGAAAAGCAAAGAAGAGCCUCAGGCUGAGGAGAAGAAAUCUGACGAAGGCUCUGACAAAGAGGAGCCUCAGGCAGAGAAGGUGGCUGAGGCAUCAGAAAAAUCUGAUGAGGAGAAAGCAGCUGGAGCAAAAGAGGAGGAGAAGGAGGCAGAGAAUAAACCCAAACCCCUGAAAAAGAGCAAAAUCUCAGUAGAUAUUGGAGUGGAGCUGGAGGUUAAUGAUGUACUUAAUCCUAGCCCAGAAGACAUUGAUGACUCCAAAAAGAAACUGCAGGAUCUGACAGACCGAGAUCUGGAAAAACAAGAGAGGGAAAAGUCACUAAACAGCCUGGAGGCAUUCGUCUUUGAGACUCAGGAUAAGCUGUACCAGGAUGAGUACCAGGCUGUGGUCUCUGAAGAGGAGAAGGAGGCAAUCUCCAGCAAGCUCAGUGAGGCUUCAGCAUGGUUGGAUGAAGAGGGAUAUUCAGCUGGAACCAAAGAGCUGAAGGAGAAGCUGACCGAGCUGAAGAAGCUGUGCAAAGCCAUGUUCUUCCGAGUGGAUGAGAGGAAAAAAUGGCCAGACAGACUAGCAGCACUUGACAGCAUGCUCAACCACUCUUCCAUGUUCCUGAAGGGUGCUAAAUUGAUUUCAGAAGAUGAUCAGAUUUUUACUGAAGUUGAGCUGAAGACCUUGGAGAAAGUCAUAAAUGAGACUAUGACCUGGAAGAAUGAAACUGUGGCUGAGCAGGAGAAACGUUCUCCUACAGAGAGACCCGUGCUGCUAUCUAAAGACAUUGAGGCCAAACUCUCCCUCUUAGACAGAGAGGUCACCUACCUGCUCAACAAAGCCAAGUUUGCUAAGCCAAAGCCCAAACCAAAACCUAAAGAAAAGAACUCCACCAGCUCUGACAAUGGCAAAACUAACACUACCGACUCUGAGAAAGUCAUCUCUCCCAAAGAUGAGUCCAAUGGAGCUGAGGAGGUGAAACCAGUAGAGGAACCUCCCACCAAGGAGAAUAAAAAGGAAGAUACUGAGACAGAGCCAACAAUAGCAGAAGAAAAAGAAGACAAAGAAACAACAGGAGAUGAUGAUUCACAAAACCAUAUAGGAGAUGAAUUAUAACCACUGGAACAUCAAAUUUUUUGUGUUGUCGUAUUUAUUGACUGUGAUAAAACAUCCUCUUUUUUUUUUUCUUUUUUUUUUAAAACAUCUUUUCUCCUCACAUAGCACCAAUAUUUCAGAGCAUUUUAGGUAAUGUCAGCAUUUUCAUAUAGUAGCUCUACUGUGUGAUCUACAGAAACCGAAUACAUUCAACUUGAAGGUUUACAGGCAACUACAGCCUGUGUUAAUCCUGUCUGCCUGUAUGGAAUGUACACAUUGCAGAAUUUCCCUCAGUCUCUGUGUACUUGCUAUUGGGGUUAUACAUUCACAAAAUGAGCUCACUCCAUGUCAAGUUCACCGUAUCGUCACAAAUAGUAUAACAUUUUUGUGCUGGAGUUUAGACUUUCAACCUAAAAUCUUAAAUUCUAGAUGCAUUUGAGAAGAAAAGCGAGAUGAAUUUGAAUAUGAUUUAAAACUUUCUUCCCUGUCCAGUUUGUCAUCGACAUUAAAAUUUCUGGUAAUUUGUAUAACCAGACAGGAUGACAAAAAAUGUAAAGUAUAAGUCUUUUAAGACUACUCCUUUCCUAGGCAUGUUAUGUCUAGAAAUGCAGAAUUGUCUAGAAAUGCAUGAACCAUGUCUAGAAAUGCAGAAUUCUUUAUCAGUGGAGUACAAUAACAAAAUUUUUUAUUUUGCCCUUGUAUAAAUUCAGUUUCUGUAUGUGGACCAUGUCACUUCAGUAUUUAGUCCCAUCAUGUCCGUGCACUUGCAUUAUACACUGACUGACCACUUUAUUAGGAACACCUGUACACCCACUCGUUCAUGUAGUUAUCCAACCAGACAAUCGUAUGGCAGUAGUGUAGUCUUUACAAGCAUGGAGAUGCAGGUCAAGAGCUUCAGUUAAUGUUCACAUCAAACAGGAUGGCUGGUGUAGGACAGGUUCGUUAGAGUAUUUCUACUGAUGAGUUGGGAUUUUCAUACACAACAGUUUCAAGAGAUUACAACAGUGAGAGAGAAACACAAAUCAGUUCUGUGAGUGGAAAUGCCUUGCUGAUGAUAAAGAUCACUUUAAUGAGAAUGGUCAGAGUAUGUGCUUGCUAAGAAAACAUUCCCCACACCAUUACACCACCUCCACCAGCUUGAUCUGUUGACACAAAGAAGGUUGGGUCAAUGGAUUCAUGCUGUUGGUGCCAAAUUAUGACCAUACCAUUUGUGUACUUCUAAUGAAUCUAGAUUUCUUCUGAUCAGGCUAUGUUUUUCUGAUCAUCCGUGCAGUUUCAGUGAGCCUGUGUCCACUGUAGCUUCAGAUUACUGUUCUUGGCUGAUAGUAGUAGACCUCCAAUAUGGUCUUCUGUUGUAGGCUUGACAUGUUGCUGGUUCUGAGAUGCUUCUCAGCUCACUACGGUUGUAAAAAGUGCUUGAGUUACCGUAGUCUUCCUCUGAACUGAAAAUUUCUGCCUGCAGUACUACCACUCACUGAAUGAAUGGUUGUUUGAUGUGAACAUUAACUGAAGUGCCUGACCUGUAUCUGCAUGAUUGUAUGUAUUGUGCUGUUGCCAUAUGAUUGGCUGAUUGGAUAAUUGCAUGAAUGAGCAGGCGUACAGGUGUUUCUAAUAUAGUAGACAGUGAGCGUAGGUUAACACCACUGAUUAGCUUUUCUUUCUUUUUUUUUUAAAUGCAACCACAUCCACUUACUUAUAUUACCAGUGAAUUGGGGUAAUACUACCAGGGACUCCUUUGACUGCACUGACAUUAAGGAAGUUGUAUGGUUUUUUUUACUUCCCAUGAGAGCUUUUGCUGUUUCAAGAAAGUAAAAGUGCAAAUUCUUUAUUCCUCCUUUUCAUCCGUUCCCAUUCUUUUCACUGUUCCAUUGUCUUUGUUUCUGGUCUGUUGAAGAAAGAGUAUAUAAUGUCUGGGGAAAGGGAUAUUUUGUUUCUAAGCUGUUAAUAAAAUCUUUUUUUUAAAUCUC